AUGGCUGUGUCAACGAGAAUUGAUUUUAACAAAUUACCAAAGGCCCAGGAUAGUUUUAUACUGUUUGAAAAGCUGGGUGAAGGCACUUAUGGCGAAGUUUUUCGUGCAAAAUUUCGGGAUUCAUCGGAAUGUGUUGCAGCAAAGAUAAUACGUGUGCGAAAUGAAGAAGAUUUGAAUGAAUUUGAAAAUGAACUGCACAUAUUAGCGAAGGUCUCGAAACAAGCAGAAAACCUUCCGGAUUUUAUUGGUAUAUUUGGCGAUUGUGAUGCAUUUCAUGCACAGCGGAUAUGGUUCGUCAUGGAAUUGUGUAGUAUUGGUCCCAUUUCACGUUUAUUCAAAGAAAUUGGAAAAGAAAAUGAAUUAAAACAAUCCGACAAAGAAAAACUGAUUGCUUAUGCAUUGAGAAGUACAUUGCAGGCAUUGAAAUAUCUUCAUCGAUCGGGUAUUAUGCAUCGUGACGUGAAAGGAAGUCAUAUAUUGGUGACAGAAGAUUAUGACAUUAAAUUGAUUGAUUUCGGCGUCGCUGGAUUGUUCAGUAAGGAACGUCCGAAACGUAAUUCAAGUGUUGGCACGUCACUAUGGAUGGCACCGGAGGUGAUUGCAUGUGCUAAUCAAUUUGAUUAUUUAUUCGAUGAACGAUGCGAUAUUUGGUCGCUUGGCAUAACCGCGAUUGAACUAGGCGAUGGAGAAGCACCGUUAGCGAAUCUUCAUCCUACGAAAGUUUUAUUUGAAGUACCACGUCGUCCACCACCGACACUAAAAGAUGUUACAGAAUGGUCAGAGAAUUACUCCGUAUUCAUCGCUGCUUGCUUAAUUAAAGAUUAUGAACAGCGACCCACUGCUGAGCGAUUAUUAACUGAACAAGAUUUUGUCAAUUUUGAUGAUGCCACGGUAAAAGCUUACCGCGAUCUACUGAGAAACUAUCAUCAGAAAUUAUCGACUUCGAAUGUCAAGAGUAAAGCCGUUGAACUGGAAUUAUCAACAGUCAUCAACGACGACAAUGAUGUCAUAAAUAAAAAUCCUUGGAUUGCAAAUAUAAGUAAAUCAGCGCAUUUAAUUGAUCCCGAAAACAACUUAGCAAAUCUGGAUCAUCUCAAUGCACAACGCUUAAUCCAAUCAAUUCGAAGACGUUUCAACAAAUCAUUGAUAUACACAUAUAUUGGUGAUGUUCUAUUAGCAAUUAAUCCGAAACAAUAUUUACCGAUUGAUAAUUUGAAUUUUCAAUUGAAAUAUUUAAAAGUUCGACAAGACCUAUUACCACACGUGUUUGCAAUAGCAACGAAAGUGUACAAUCAAAUGAUGAUCAAUCAUCAACCACAAUGUAUUAUACUCUCCGGAGAAUCCGGCUCGGGUAAAACUCAUGCUGCACAAAAUCUCAUCAGUGAAUUAGCCCUACUUGGUUUUGGUGAACAACAGGCACUGGAGAAUCGUCUUGUUACUAUGAAUUUAUUAUUAGAAUCGUUUGGGAAUGCUCAAACAGCACUGAACAAUAAUUCCUCACGAUUCGGUAAACUUCUGGAUAUAUUCUUCUCGGAGUACGGUACGAUUGUAUAUGUACAGUUAUCGGAAUUUCUCUUAGAGAAGACUCGAGUAGUACUGGCAAGCGGAAACACUCGAAAUUUUCAUAUAUUUUACGCAAUCUUGUCGCAUUUCCUACGAGAUCAUUCCAAUCCUUGUCAAUUGAUCGAUCAGGAAUCAUUCGAGCUACUUAAAAAGUACAAAGAUUACACUUAUCUUGGAAACAAUUACGACGGAACAUUAACAUCCUUAUCAUUGAUCGAUCUAUUUCAAAUUCUCAAAGAAUUAAAUGUUACAGAUGACGAACAAGCAUCGAUCUUAGCAAUUUUAACUUCUAUCAUUCACCUUGGAAAUGUUUCUUUCCAAGCCCAUACAGAAAUCAAUGAGCCCGGCUGUUCGAUCGACGAGAAAUCUCUUCCGCAUUUCAAUGCCAUUCGUCGUCUAUUAAAAAUCGACAAUGAACAAUUUACUCAAUCCUUAUGUCAAUCAAGUUUAAUGACACGUGGCGAAACAGUCACUAAAUUAAAUACAAUUGCUGAAGCACAACAAACACGUGAUGCCAUGGCCAAAUCACUCUACUCACGUCUGUUCGAUUGGAUUAUAUUCGUAUUGAAUCGUUACUUCCGUACUGAAUUGACGUAUCAACCGAAAUUAGUGAUCGAUCCACGAAAACGAUAUGAUAAAGAUGCGUAUCACAAUGGUCAAUUGUCCAUUCGACCGAAACAAGGUGAUGAUAUGAAUAAAUUCAAACGCGAAGAUAGUAACGAUGGAUUAUGUUCAAUCUCGAUACUUGAUUUAUUCGGUUUUGAAACGUUUGAUUACAAUUCUUAUGAACAAUUAUGUAUUAAUAUUGCUAAUGAACAGCUACAGUACUUCUUUCGACAACAUACGUUUGCGUGGGAGAUGAAAGAAUAUGAAAAUGAAGGAGUGACCACUACAAAUAAUUCGACGAAUUUGGAUUUUCCGAAUAAUCGAGCCAUUCUCGAUAUGUGUUUAUCGAAACCAAUUGGAUUGUUAGCCUUACUCGAUGAAGAAUCUCGCUUUCCUCAGUCAACUGAAUUUACUCUUCUUGACAAAUGGCGCGAAAAUUUGGAAUCGCCGCAUUUUAUUGUCAACACACCUUCUUCGUCGUUAUCACGUAAAUCAUUGAAAAGCCAGAAGAAACUCUCGUUAGAUCGCCAACCCCUAUUCACUAUUCGUCACUAUGCGGGUAGUAUUGAAUAUACUGCAAAAGAUUUUCUAGAGAAAAAUCGUGAUUAUGUUCCGAUGGAAAUCAUUGAUCUACUCUUGCAAAGCGACGAUCAUCUUGUAAAUCUACUUUUUCGUAGUCGUCUUCGAAAAACCGGCAGUGUCAUGUACACUGUACAGGAAAAGCAAGAUAAGACAGCAGUUUUGUUUCGGUCAACAUCGACACACAAGACAACAACAGGAAAUCGCACACAAGGAACAGUUUCGACUUAUUUUCGUUAUUCGCUUAUGGAAUUAGUCAGUACAAUGGCAUCAAGUCAACCGACAUUUAUUCGUUGUCUUGUACCAAAUCGUUUACCCAGUCAAAUCUCCCAUGCGACCUAUGAUCAUACGAGUUAUUUUCCACAUCAUUUUACGUUUGAUUCCAAUCAAUUUGAUGAAGCAAUCGUACUCGAACAGAUUCGAUAUAGUGGCCUACUCGAAACGAUUGAAAUUCGUCGACAUGGAUAUUCACAUCGAAUACUUUUCGAUGAUUUUAUAUCUGUUUAUUCCUGUCUAAUCAGUUUCGAUUCAUGCUCAAUCACAAACAAAGAGUCGAUAGAAACUUGUGAAUCAAUAUUGAACAAAUUCCAACUCAAAGAUUAUGCCAUUGGAAAAACGAAGCUUUUCUUAAAAUUUCAUCACAUUGAACAAUUAAACAUCGCACACAAAACUUUAAUAACAAAACUCAUCCGUUUACAGUCACAUAUACGUAUGCAUUUAGUUCAAAAGCAAAAUCGACAGGUCAAAGCGAGUACCGUCAAAUCACAUUAUGAAUUAUCUCUUGCACGACUUCAAGCAUUGGUUCGAGGAUAUCUCGUCCGACAUGAGAUUAAGAAAACAUCCAGAGCAACAUUGACCAUUCAGUCGUAUUGGCGAAUGUGGUAUGAACGAACUCGAUUCAAACGUCGUUUACUUUACUAUCGAAAUCAACAAAUCCAAGUUUCGUACUUUCUUAAACAGAUCGAACUCUUCGGUGGUCAUUCGUAUCAACAAUUACUCAGUUUAGAGCAGAAGAAAGAAGAGAAGAAAUCUGCGGAAUGUGAAACUAUUUCGAAGAAAAACUCACAACCAAAACCACAAAGUUCAUUAAAACCAAAUGGCAAACGCAAAGUCACUAUUUUAUGUGAAUAUUACGAUGCAAUUUAUAAAGAAUUUCUUCGAAAAAGGCAUACUAUCAAACUUGAUAGAGAGGUUACUAAAAAAGAGCCGGAAGAGAGUGCAGUUUUACGACGACCAUCGACAGCUCCACCUGUGACGAACAUACCACAAGCGCCACCCUGCCCUCCACCGGAAUUUUUCAAACAAACAACGAACGAAAUUAAGAUCUUCAAACGACAGAAAUCAGCACCUGCCACUGUAAGAACACCAAUUGACGAAUUAAAACUGAUCUUUGCGACGAAACAACCCAAACCUCCCAAUCCUGUCUUUUCCGCUGUGCCGUUUCGACCUGUAUCUCCACCACCCAACAUUAAGAGACUAGACAAUACUUCAUCUUCAUCAAUUUUUCUUGCUGUCGAUAAUGCUGAUCGUCCUGUGUUGCAAAAUGAUUACAUACCCCGGCGUCGUUUAUCUUCCGCAUCAAGUAUAAUUAAAGGUAAGACAACUGGUAUGUUGUCGUCUAGUACUUCAAGUCUUGUCGGUGAUAUGGUCCUUACAUCUGAAGAUGUCAUUAAAUUGAAGAAUAAUCUUCGUAAAACUGGUUUGACUGAUCGAAAUCAAACUCUACGACGAAAGUUACCAACUGAAACUGUGCAAAUCGAUUUUCGUAGUGUUCUUCGUGGAUCAAAAGUAAAUCAUCAUACGCCAUCUACUACAAAGUAA